GCGAGAGCAGGCUCCUGCUCUCUGCUCCCUGUAUCGGACACUCGCCUCUCCGCGGCCCCGCAGACACGAGAGCGCACGAUGGCUUCCUGGGGUCCCGUGACUUACGCGGCGAGGAGGAGGUACGAGCUGGACGAUGAGGAUCAGGCCACCACCAGGAGCAGCAUCUUCACCUACACCAACAGCAACAGCACCAGGGGCCCGUUUGAGGGCCCGAACUAUCACAUUGCCCCACGCUGGGUGUAUAACCUGACCAGCCUUUGGAUGGUCGCGGUGGUCAUCGCCUCAGUGUUCACUAAUGGCCUGGUGCUGGUGGCCACCUGGAAGUACAGGAAGCUGCGCCACCCGCUCAACUGGAUCCUGGUCAACAUGGCGAUAGCGGACCUGGGCGAGACCCUCUUCGCCAGCACCAUCAGCAUCUGUAACCAGGUCUACGGCUACUUCAUCCUGGGCCACCCCAUGUGCGUCUUCGAGGGCUUUACCGUCUCCGUUUGUGGAAUCACUGCCCUCUGGUCUUUGACCGUCAUCGCCUGGGAGCGGUGGGUGGUGGUCUGCAAGCCCUUUGGCAACGUAAGGUUUGACAGCAAGUGGGCCUUGUUUGGCAUCGUCUUCUCCUGGACCUGGUCCAUCGCCUGGUGCCUGCCCCCAAUCUUCGGCUGGUCCCGGUACUGGCCACAUGGGCUGAAGACAUCGUGUGGGCCUGAUGUUUUCAGUGGGAGCACAGACCCCGGCGUCAAAUCCUACAUGAUCACCCUCACUGUGACCUGUGCUGUGUUCCCCCUCAGCAUCAUCCUCAUCUGUUACCUGCAAGUCUGGAUGGCCAUUCGAGCUGUAA